UUCAAGUUAAUACUUUUUGUAGGUUAUUUUAAAUAAUACAUUGGUAUUUUUUGCGUAGUACUAAUUUUAAACUGAUUCGCGUACAAAAGCGUAGUUUCAAAUAUGUAUGCCAGAACGUUUAAUGGAUUUCUUCAAAUCAAAAAGCUAUUUGUCACUUCAAUUGAUAUAUCUAGAAACUAUGCCAAACCCGCAGUCGUGGUUGCCAAGAAAAAAAAAUCUGGACCCAUUGUGGAGAAAAAAGUUUUACCAGUAGAAACGGAUAUCAAUAGGUUACUCACAUAUGUUUGUGGAAGUAACAUUAUGAAAGAAGGAGAAGAUGUAAAGAUAAAACCUGAUAAUGAGUAUCCUGAUUGGCUAUGGAAUAUUCAUAUAGGACCUCCUCUUACUUUAGAACAAUUAGAUCCAGAGUCAAAAAAAUAUUGGCUGAAAGUAAGGAAGAUGGGUUUGAAGCGAAAUAAUCAACUUUCUAAAGUUAAGAAAUUCUAAUUUAGAUUUAAUGUAGUUAGACCAUAAUCAAAUUGAAGUCAUUAGAUGUAACUUUAAUAUCAGAUCAUUUUUAUCAGUGAUAUUUAGUUAAAAUUAGUGGAAGGAAACAAAUUUAAGUUUAUCACAAUGGAAUAAAAUAAAUUAUAGUUUAGCAUAAUAGAAUAAAA